GUAAAUUGACGAGUGGCCGACGCCGACGGGGUGCUGCUGGGCCUGCGGCGUCAUGGAGGACGAGCAGCCUGACAGCCUGGAGGGCUGGGUGCCGGUCCGCGAGGGCCUCUUCGCCGCGCCCGAGCCGCACCGGCUGCGCUUCCUUGUGGCUUGGAACGAUGAGGAGGGCCAGUUCGCUGUGACCUGUCACGACCGCACCGCGCAGCGGUCGCGACGGCAGGGCGAGGGCGGCGGGCCCGGGACUGAGCUCGAGCCCGAGGCCGGGGCCGCCGCGCCCCCGCCCAGCUGGGCCGGGCUGCUCUCGGCCGCGGGGUUCCGAGGCGCGCACCGGCAGCUGGCGGCGCUGUGGCCAGCCCUGGAGCGCUGCUUCCCGCCGCUGCCGCCCGAACUGGACGCGGCAGGCGGCGGGCCGGGGCGUGGGCUGUGGGCGCGGAUGUGGCCGGCGCGCGCGGGCCCGGGCGAGGCGGCGCUGCGGGAGCUGUGCGGGCAACUGGAGCGGUAUCUGGGCGAGGCGGCCGGCGGCUGCGGCGGCGACACGGUGCGGGACGCGCUCUUCCCGGCGGCGGCCGACGGGGACGGGGCGGCCGACUGCGAGAGUCCGCGCGAGUUCCGGGACCGGGCCCUGCGCGCGCGGAGGGCCGAGGCCGAGGCGCAGCUGCAGCAGGUUCUCCAGGGACACGGGAGAGCCAGCACCAUGGUUGCAUUAAUGAGAGUUUAUCAAGAGGAAGAUGAAGCAUAUCAAGAACUAGUUACUGUAGCAACCAUGUUCUUCCAGCGUUUACUGCAGCCCUUUCGGGAUAUGCGAGAGGUUGCAACUUUAUGUAAGCUCAAUAUUUUGAAGUCCCUGGAUGAGGAUGACCUGGGUCCCAAAAGGGUAGCUGUUCUGCAGGAGGAAGCCAAAGAAUGGAGUUGCCGGGCCGAAGAAGCUGUCGCCUCUAUUCAAGACAUCACUGUGGAUUAUUUUAAGGAAACAGUGAAGGCAUUAGCAGGAAUGCAGAGACAAAUGGAACAAGAUAGGAAGAGAUUUGGCCAGGCUGCCUGGGCCACAGCUACUCCCAGGUUAGAAAGACUCAAGCUCCUGUUAGCUCGAGAGACUUCGCAACUGAUGAGAGCCAAAGAGUUGUGUUUAAAUCGCAAAAAAGCUGAGAUAAAGAGAAAGAUGGAAGACCUUCCAGAACAAGAAAGAAAUAUGGAUGCUGUAGAUGAGUUAGAAAUGCAGUAUUAUGAAAUUCAGUUGGAACUAUAUGAAAUCAAAUUUGAAAUUUUAAAAAAUGAAGAAAUAUUUCUUAUUACACAGCUGGACUCUAUAAAAAGACUUAUAAAAGAAAAACAGGAUGAAGUUGUCUAUUACGACUCAUGUGAAAGUCCAGAGGAACUUCAAGUGGUUGUGGAGGCAGGGCAGCUGCAUGAAGAGGACCCAGAGCUAAGGGAACUGAGCCGGCAGCGGCAGCAACUGGAGGCCAAGAGGGGCCGGAUCUGCACCAAGAGAGCCUACCUCAGGAACAGACAGGACCGGUGCAAAGAAACUCAUCGGCUCAGAUUACAGCAAGCUAAAGAAAGCACAAGGUAUUUUCAUCAGCAUCAUAGCAUUCAGAUGAAACGAGACAAAGUGAAAGAGGAGGAGCAAAAGAAAAAGGAAUGGAUAAACCUAGAACGUCAAAAAACGCUCCAACGAUUAAGAGCAUAUAAAGGGAAAUGUCCAGCUCAGUCUGUGCCGAAGACCUGCCCAGAAGCUGUGGCUCCGAACCGGCUGGCUGGGCUUGCUUUGCAGGUGUCCUCAGACGCUUCACAGCCCAGGUCCAGGAUUGGCGGGACUCAGGCAGGAGGAGCCCCUCCUGUCCCUGAAGGCUGGGAUGGGAAGACUCUGCAGAACCAAGACUGUCCUGGAAAUGUCCCUGUCCAGACACAUCCCAAAUCCAAUGAGGAACUGUCAUUGUCGUUGGCUCCACCGCCGCCGCCGCCUCCUCCUCCUCCACCACCUCUGCCACCUCUGCUCCCUGCUCUGCCCUUGUCUUCUCAAGCUGCCACUCACCGGAACUCAGGCCUCAGAACCUCAGUAACUGCUGAUGAGCCACAUUCCCUACUGUGUGAACCACCAGCAGAAAGACCACGUGAUUGUGUGGAACGUUUUCCGUGCCCAGGAUCUAUGGAUGAAGUGUUGGCCUCCUUACAGCAGGGAAGAACCCCUCUCAGGAAAGCAGAAGGGCCUGCUCCGCCAGAGGUGCCCCCUCCUCGCUCCUCAGUCAAUGAGCAGAUUCUGGCUGCCAUAAAGCAGGGGGUCAGACUGAAGAAAGUCCACUCAGACUCGAGCCCACACCUGGGCCCCAACAGAAAGCCAGCCAGCGACCUGGAGAGGAGCAUCAAGGCUGCGCUGCAAAGAAUCAACAGGGCAUCUGCCGACUCGGAGGACAGCGACGAGCAGAGCCCUGGAGAAUGGGACCGUUAGGCUCUUCUGCAGAUCUGCCACAGGCAGGCGGGCCACACAGCACCCCAUUCCAGAAGGGCUUUGGGUGGGACAUUGGGUAGAAAGCACAGAUUCAGCCACCACCACGCCAGACCAGUUGGCAGGACCCACUGCGAGCCUCCCUGGCCUGAGAGUAGCACCUGCCUCUCCCCGGGGUCACAUAGAGUCAUUCUGAUCUUGCACGCUUAUGUGACUCUGCUGUACUGCACUGUUAGACUACUGACCUCGUCCUGUGCCUAUGGGAUGGUUUUUUAGAAUGAAUGUGAACACUAUGCCUUUGCAAAAAUCAAAGUAAAUUGCUUAUAUUCAGGAAUUAUUUUAAAUAUCUAACAAAUGUACUUUGUUUUAAGCACUGUGUGCACACACAAUAAAAGACAUAUUUUUA